AUGUCAGGGGACCGCCGUAUAUAUAUACACACGCGCGAAGCUGAUGAGCAGCACCCCGCCGCCUGGCUCACACCGGCUCGCAUCAGCACGGCUCGGCUCGGUCCGCUCGGCCCUGCCGGCUCCCCAUGCUUGGGGCUCCGCCGCGCACCCCCACAUGCCCACCGGGAGAGGCCGGCAGCCGCUCUCCGCCGCCGCCGCGCCCUAGCCCGCUCGCCCCGCGCCCGCAUGGCUCCGCUGGCCGAGGUGGGCGGCUUCCUGGGCGGCCUGGACGGCCUGGGGCAGCCGGUGGGUGCCCACUUCUUGCUGCCGCCCGCCGGGGAGCGCCCGGCGCUGCUGGGGGACCGGCGCGCCGCGGCGGAGCGCGGGGACCGGCGCGCCCCGGCGGCGGCGGCGGCGGCGGCGGCGGACCUGGCGCACUUGCAGGGCAUCCUGCGGCGGCGGCAGCUCUACUGCCGCACCGGCUUCCACCUGCAGAUCCUGCCCGACGGCAGCGUGCGCGGCACCCGCCAGGACCACAGCCUCUUCGGUAUCCUUGAAUUCAUCAGUGUGGCAGUGGGACUGGUCAGUAUUAGAGGCGUGGACAGUGGCCUUUACCUUGGAAUGAAUGAGAAGGGAGAACUCUACGGCUCUGAGAAACUAACUUCAGAGUGCAUCUUCAGGGAACAAUUUGAGGAGAACUGGUACAACACUUACUCCUCCAAUGUGUACAAACAUGGGGAUUCAGGGCGGAGGUACUUUGUGGCACUUAAUAAAGACGGUACUCCCAGAGAUGGGGCAAGGUCCAAAAGACACCAGAAAUUCACACAUUUCUUGCCCCGGCCUGUGGACCCUGAAAGAGUUCCAGAACUGUACAAAGAUGUGUUAGGAUACAGCUGA